CCUGCCACAAUGCUUCUGCUCAGUCUGACCCUUAGCCUGGUCCUCCUCGACUCCUCCUGGGGCUGUGGCAUUCCUGCCAUCACACCAGCACUGAGCUUCAGCCAGAGGAUUGUCAACGGGGAAAAUGCAGUACCAGGCUCUUGGCCCUGGCAGGUGUCCCUGCAGGACAGCAGUGGCUUCCAUUUCUGUGGUGGCUCUCUAAUCAGCCAGUCCUGGGUGGUCACUGCUGCCCACUGCAAUGUCAGCCCUGGCCGCCACUUUGUCAUCCUGGGUGAGUAUGACCGAUCAUCCAGUGCUGAGCCUGUGCAGGUUCUGUCCAUCUCAAGGGCCAUCACACACCCCAACUGGAACCCCACCACUAUGAACAAUGACCUGACGCUACUGAAGCUUGCCUCGCCAGCCCAGUAUACAACACGCAUCUCUCCAGUUUGCCUGGCAUCCUCGAACGAGGUGCUGACUGCAGGCCUCACAUGUGUUACCACUGGCUGGGGCCGUCUCAGUGGCGUGGGCAAUGUGACACCAGCACGUCUACAGCAGGUGGUUCUGCCCCUGGUCACUGUCAAUCAGUGCCAGCAGUAUUGGGGCUCACGUAUAACCGACUCCAUGAUCUGUGCCGGUGGCUCAGGUGCCUCCUCCUGCCAGGGUGACUCCGGAGGCCCUCUUGUCUGCCAGAAGGGAAACACAUGGGUGCUUAUUGGUGUCGUGUCCUGGGGCACCAGCAAUUGCAAUGUGCGUGCACCUGCCAUGUACACACGGGUCAGCAAGUUCAACACCUGGAUCAACCAGGUCAUAGCCUACAACUGAACCCACCACAGGGCCCCUCCCUAUCUCAAUUUAAUAAAGACCGCAAGUUCUGUCCUCUCAUG